UGCCCGAAGAGUUCUGAGAAGUGAAAAGUUGGAGAGCUUAUCUUUCCCCGUCCCCUUGGCGUCAGCCUUUGUCAACACGGCUGUUUCUUGGUCCUCAAAAGACAUCAAUCAACUCGGAAAUUAGUCAGUGGUGUGACAAGGAUCUUGCUUGAGUUGUAGGUGACAUGAAGUCAGUUUGGAAAAGAAUAAAGAAGAACUUUAACAUCAAGAGUUCAAAAAAACGUAAACAUGAGGCCAAGGAGAAUGGAGAGUUGUUAGAAAUCUUGGAAUGUGAUGAGUCAGUUAUUUUGGGAUCACUAUGGGACAAUUGUACAUGCGGCAAGAACCCUGGACAUGCCGACUUCACUGCUGUUGAGGACUUCACGUUAUCGAAACUACAGCUGGAAAUUCAAGAAGAAACUGUUUUUGACUACAUUAAAGCUCAUGAAAAACUUGUAGUGAAGAUAGAGGUUGUGAAAAGUGAACCAGAAGCAGGGAAGAAAUUUGCCACUGGUUAUGCGUGGUGUAUGGUUGAGAGGAUCGAAUUCCCUUGCCCUGUCAGUAAAUGUUCACACACCCCUUCAGAUCAUGGUGUUUUCGGUGGGGUCAUCGUGUAUACUAAUCAGCACGUUGUGAAGGACAAUACAGAGGCGGAGAAUUCUACUGUGUAUUUCACUUUUGGAAGUGAAACAGUCAAAGCAUUUGGAGUGAAGCUAAGAGAAAAUCGGGACAAUAAAGACUUGGUUGGGCUAGAGGUUUGUUUCCAUGACCCACAGUUGUACAAGCAGGUCGGUGGCUUUGCGGAAGAUGUCGCCAAAGCCUGGAACGCUAUACCGGUGUCGGCUAAAGAAGCUUUCAAGCAGUAUGCCAUUGUUAUUUCGCAUCCUCAUGGUACAGAAAAAGUGAUCUCAGUUGGAAAUUUAAUCACUUUAGAAGAGGAGGAAGAUUUGAGUAAACUAUCAAAAAAUGAAGUCAUGCAAAAUGAAUCUGAUUCUCACGGGAUGCGUUUCAACGCUGAGAGGCAAAAAGUGACACGCUAUAGUACAGCCACAUGUCCUGGCAGCUCGGGGGCUCCUGUGUUGACCGGCUUCUAUCCUCACCGGCCCUUCACACACAGCUCAUAUGACCCUUUCAGAAAACAGAAUUUAUGUAAGUCUUACUAAACAGAAAUUUUUUUCAGUGUAGAGUAUUCACAUUUUUUACUGUCUAGCACGCACAUAGCAAACACUCACUAUAGGUUUUCAGAUUCCGAGUUGUUUUAAAAAAAAUUGAACUUGUAUAUAUAUAUAUUCUUUGUUGAAAAUGACGCAGCAAAAUUCAAACACAACAAAAAGAUUUCUGUAUCCCACCGAUUUUGCUUUGUGCAUACUAUAUUAUAAUUCCUUGUUGUCUUAGUGAUCAAAAUGAGCUGUGAGAUACAGUGAAAUUUCCUUUGAAAACAAAAUUUAGGUACAGUAAUUCCUAUGAUUGGCUUUCACUGAACAUCUCUGCUAUGUACCAGUUUUGUCUACAACACUGGGAACUGGAAAGAAGAUUAAAACGUUUUCUUCUC